AUGGGAUAUUUGCUUACUGAUUGUUGUCUACAACCAAGAAAAUUUCAUUUAAAUGUUUUGAAUGAAUAUAAUAUUUAUAUUGAACAAAUAUUGGAACCGAAUAAUAAAUAUUUAUCAUCCUUUAAAACAUUAAUGAGUAAUAUACAAAACUUAUUAAAUAUCGAUACAAAAAAUAACAAGAAAUGUUAUACAUUAAAAGAAAUUUGUCGUUUUCAAAUUAGAAACUAUAUGCGCAAUCGACAAUAUGUAUUGGUUCGAUUUGAAAAACAAUUCGAUUUACCACCUCAACUUUUUAAUUAUAUAAAAUGUCUUGAAUAA